GCCCAAGCCACGCCCACUACACCUCACGUGACCUGUCUCUAUGGAAACCGCUGCCGCCAUCAGGAAACUUAACUGCAGCUUUAGAAGAAUCCGGUGAGAAUAUGGCAGCAACCCGGAGGAAGACUACGCGGGGCAAGAGGGCCAAGAGGAAGAAGGUUGGCGGGAAACACGAAGGUAAAGUGGAUAAAGAGUCGGAGGUGGAGAGAGCGAAAGCGACUGCGGCGGUGUGGGAGGCCCGGCUGAAGGCGACGGAAUCCUCUAGAGCUGAGUACCGGGAGGCGGCACGGAGUCUGGCGCAGAACAACGUGGAGCUCACACGGAACCACUAUCAGCUGGAGAAGGACACGCUGGACGUAAUCGGAUUCCUGAAGAAGCAGGACGCCAAAAAAGACCUGACGAUUGAAAAACUGCAACAACAGCUGAUAACACAGAAGAAAAUGGCCGAGGAGGAGCGAGCGCGGCUGAUGGCGACUUAUCAGAAGCAGAUUUCUGACCUGGAGGAGGAGCGCUCCCGUCGAGCUCACGAGAUGCAGGUCAUUCAGUCCGAGUUCAAAAGGAUGAAAGAAUUCCGCAGACACAAGGCCGAACUGGAGAGAGAACUGGACGAGAUUAAGGACAGUCUCCUCAAGGCCAAAAAGGAACAUCAAGAAGCUCUGUCCACCACCGAGAGGCACUUCAUGGAGGAGAAGCAUCGCUUGGAGAAGGAGGCAGAGAAGAAGGUUAUGAUGCUGGCAGAGGAGGCGCACACAGAGGCUGUCAUGCAGUUGGGUGAUGUUGGAAGAUCGGUCUUUAAGGAGAAUGUGCGCCUGAAGGAAGCCAUUUCUUAUCAUGUGAAGGAAUCCCGUGAGUUACAGAACACAGUGCUCCAGCUGCAGGAGGAGAAGCGGCGCCUGCUGCAGGAGAAGGAAACUCACCAGCAGCUGAUUCAGGAUAAGAUCCAGCAAGGAGCAGGGCAGAGCGCCCAGAUGGAGGCCUUACAGCAGACUAUGCGGAGCCUGGAGAGGGCCCUGGAGGAGAUGACCCUGGAGAAGAUGCAGGCCCUGAACCAAAGGCAGCAACAGCUCCAGGUGGCCAAGCAGGCCGAAAAGGUGGAGCUGCAAAAGCUGCACAAAACCCUGGAGCUAAAGGAAAGAGAGAUGAAUCGGGUGAAGAAGCUGGCCCACAACAUCGUGCAGGAGAGGACACAGGUAGAGCGCUUCUUCCUGGAGGCCUUGGAGCACGUGAGGCAGGAGAUAAAGUCAAGCAGAAGCCAUUACCAGAAGAUGGCACAGGUGGCAUACCACAGCCGUAUGCGAAUGGCAGCCACCGGGGCAGAGCAGUACCCUAGGGUCCGCACCUUCCACAACAAAGAGCACGGCACCAACGAUGUGAACCGUGACCUCAUAGAAGCCGAGAACUGGACACAUGGACAGAGAGGAGGAGCUGAUUUUGUGGAUCUGACAUGGGAACAAAAGGAGAAAGUUCUGAGGCUUCUGUUUGCUAAGAUGAACGGCUCGGCGACCAGGAAAAGAAGUCCUACGCUGAAUAAAGGGAGCGGUCACGAGGACACAAGUCCAGCAGACCCACGUGCAAGGGCACCUGGUGACGCAGCAGAUCACGGACACGCCGUCUUUAUAACUCAGUCAGUUUCUGAAGAGGCUGCCACUGGCCUGGUGUUGCCAGACAUCCAUAAAACAAGAUGUCAGGCUAUGAGCUGAAUGUGGACACGCCUGACGUCUUGCAUGGUCGGCACCUCUUAAUAAAAGCCUUAUGCCCACUGGU